UUGACACAAAUUCUGAAAUCCAAUCCAAUCCAUCCAUGGCUUUCCCUAAAACUCUUUUUGUCUCUGUUCUCUUGAUUGUGGUGAGUUCUUGUUUGUUUGUCGAAAUUGAUGGUAGAAGUAGAAGCAGAAGUUUAUUGAGUGAACAAAGAGAGUUUGAUUACUUCGCUUUAUCUCUUCAAUGGCCUGGUACUAUUUGUCAACAUACUAGACAUUGCUGUGCUGGUAAUGGUUGUUGCAGAAGUGAUAAUGGACCAACGGAGUUCACAAUCCAUGGACUCUGGCCCGACUACAAUGAUGGAACCUGGCCAGCAUGUUGCACCGAAACUAGAUUUGAUGAGAAAUUGAUCUCAUCAUUGCGCAAAGAUCUUGACAAGUAUUGGCCGUCCUUAAGCUGUGGAAAGCCAUCGACCUGCAGUGGUGGAAGAGGACUCUUCUGGGCCCAUGAGUGGGAAAAGCAUGGCACAUGUUCUUCUCCAGUAGUUCAUGAUGAAUACCAGUACUUCACAACGACUCUCAGUGUUUACUUCAAGUAUAAUGUCACGGCAAUUUUGGCUGCCGAAGGAUAUGUACCCUCAAAUUCUGAGAAAUAUCCCUUGGGAGGCAUUGUUUCAGCCGUUCAAAAUGCUUUUGGAGCAACCCCCCAGGUGGUUUGCUCACAUGGUGCCAUAGAGGAGCUUCGCUUAUGCUUUUACAAAGAUUUCAAGCCUCGCGACUGUAUAAUGAAUGAAAAGCACAGGUCAUGCCCGAAAUACGUGAGCAUGCCAGAACGCAGGCCGAUGGGACAUGAGUCUUCACUUCCAUGGUCACUUGAUAGUGAAGUAUUCUCAUCCUGAGCUUGAUUACGAGGCAAUGCAUCAUGAUUUAGGUGAAGGGCGUGGAUCAAUAGCCACUUUGCCAAUUUCAGAGUAGUGCUCUGUUAUCAUUGAUGUAAUAAAACUUUCUGUAAAUACUUCGAAGUCUUAAAACAAUUUAGAAUAUGAUGUCGCUUUUUGAUCAACUUAUGUUGAUCAGAAAAGUACAAACAAAACUUUCUUUGAUCAGUAUAUGCAUGAGAAGGAAAAAUUCAUCUGUUAUAGAAAUUGUAUUUUGAAUGUUUCCAUUUGUUAUAAAAAUUAAGAGAACAUAUAUUACAUUGCA